AUGUCGUCGCCGACCGCCGCGCCGGCGCCGACUACGCCCCCGGCGCCGCCGGCUAACGCCACCGCGCCGCCCCCGGCCACCCCGUCGGCGCCUCCCCCGGCGAUCCCCUCCCCCUCGCCGCCGGCCCCCGCCAACCCGCCCCCGGCCUCCGUCCCGCCGCCGGCAGCGCCCGCGGCCUCCCCUCCCGCGCCGUCCUCCACACCGGCCGCACCAUCUCCGUCACCCCCGGGCGCCCCUGCCACCCCUUCCCCGCCCUCGGACACGCCCUCGCCAGAAGGGAGGUCCCCGCCCUCGCCCGGGGGAAGAUCGCCGUCCACGCCAGGCCACAACAACCCGUCGCCGAAAUCGCCGCCUCAUUCCUCCGGUGGCGGUGGCGGUGGCUCUGGGGUGUCCACGUCGGUGGUCGUCGGCGUAGCCGUGGGUGGCUUCGUGCUGCUGCUGCUCGCUACCUUCGUGUGCCUCUGCUGCCUCCGGAAGAAGCGCCGCCGCCAGCCUCCACCCCUGCACUAUGGUUACCCGCCGCCUCCUCCUCCUCAUUAUGGAGCAACAUACCAGAAUUGGCAGAAUAAUGCUCCUCCUCCUCCACCUGAUCAUGUGGUUAAGAUGCACCCAUCACCUCCUCCAGCAUAUGCCAAUCGUCCUCCACAGGCACCACCGCCGCCUCCACCCCCUAUGAUAAACAGCAGCGGCGGGUCAGUUUCUAAUUACUCAGGUGGUGAGAUCCUGCCUCCACCAUCCCCUGGCACCGCCCUUGGCUUCUCGAACUCUAAGAGCACAUUCACUUAUGAUGAGCUGGUGAGGGCAACUGAUGGGUUCUCUGAUGCUAAUCUCCUCGGACAAGGUGGUUUCGGAUAUGUUCACAAAGGAGUGCUGCCUAAUGGCAAAGAGAUUGCUGUGAAGCAAUUGAAACUUGGGAGUGGCCAGGGAGAGCGUGAGUUCCAGGCGGAGGUUGAGAUUAUCAGCCGCGUUCAUCACAAGCAUCUUGUGUCUCUGGUUGGUUACUGCAUCUCUGGGGGGAAGAGGUUGCUUGUAUAUGAGUUUGUCACCAAUAACACAUUGGAAUUCCACUUACAUGGAAAAGGCCGUCCAACGUUGGAGUGGCCCAUAAGACUAAGGAUUGCCCUUGGUGCUGCUAAGGGUUUGGCAUACAUUCAUGAAGAUUGCCACCCGAAGAUCAUACAUCGUGAUAUAAAGUCAUCAAACAUUCUUCUUGAUUUUAAAUUCGAAGCUAAGGUUGCGGAUUUUGGUCUGGCAAAGUUCACCUCUGAUAACAACACACAUGUGUCAACAAGAGUAAUGGGCACUUUUGGGUAUCUAGCACCAGAAUAUGCGUCUUCUGGAAAGCUAACUGAGAAAUCAGAUGUCUUUUCCUUUGGAGUGAUGCUUCUUGAGCUGAUAACUGGGCGUCGGCCUGUUGAUUCGACCCAAACAUAUAUGGAUGACAGCUUGGUUGAUUGGGCAAGACCUUUACUGAUGCGAGCACUUGAGGAUGGUAACUAUGAUGAGUUAGUGGAUGCUCGUCUGGGAAAGGAUUUCAAUCCUAAUGAGAUUGCCAGAAUGAUAGCAUGUGCUGCUGCAUGUGUACGCCAUUCAGCACGUCGUCGCCCUCGAAUGAGUCAGGUUGUUCGGGCCUUAGAAGGUGACGUCUCUUUGGAGGAUCUUAACGAAGGUGUCCGGCCUGGUCAUAGCCGCUUUUUCGGAUCAUACAGCAGUUCUGACUAUGAUUCUGGGCAGUACAACGAGGACAUGAAGAAGUUCAAGAAGAUGGCCUUUACGACGAAUGACUACACGAGCAGCCAAUACAGUGCGCCGACAAGCGAGUAUGGUCAGAUACCAUCUGCAUCAAGCAGUGAGGGCCAACAAACUCAAGAAAUCGAGACAGGGACAAUGAAGAAAGGUGGCCACAGUGGCUACAGUUCAGGAUACAGCGGGCCGUCGUGA